AUGAAUGAACAAAGCUCCUCGUUUGAUAAUGAGGAGAAUUUUAAGUUUUUCGGACUCGGAGGGUGUAAUGAGGUUGGGCGAUCGUGCCAUAUCAUUGAGUAUAAAAACAAGGUUAUCAUGUUGGAUGCUGGGAUGCACCCAGCAUUGAGUGGGCACGCAUCAUUUCCGUAUUUUGAUGAAUACGACUUGUCAAAGGUUGACAUUCUAUUGGUGAGUCAUUUCCACGUGGACCAUUCAGCAUCAUUGCCAUAUGUAAUGCAACAAUCAAAUUUUAGAGGCAAGGUAUUCAUGACACAUGCGACCAAAGCAAUAUAUCGAUGGUUGAUGCAAGACUUUGUGCGAGUGACUUCUAUCGGUAAUUCAAAAACAGAAGGUGGUAGUGGUAACGACGAAGGAGGAAACUUGUACACGGAUGAUGACAUAUUCAAAUCCUUUGAUAGAAUCGAGACGAUUGAUUUUCACUCCACGAUGGAGGUUGAUGGGAUUCGGUUUACUGCUUAUUACGCCGGGCAUGUUCUUGGAGCUUGUAUGUACUUGAUAGAAAUUGGAGGAUUAAAAGUGCUUUUUACAGGCGAUUAUUCGAGGGAAGAAAAUCGUCACUUGCCUUCCGCCGAGGUUCCUCCAGUUAAACCAGACGUUUUGAUAACAGAGUCAACGUUCGGUACAGGUACUUUGGAGCCCAAGGUAGAGUUAGAGAAGAAGCUAACCAAUCAUAUACACGCAACAAUCACAAAAGGUGGCAGAGUUUUAUUACCAGUUUUUGCCUUGGGUAAUGCACAAGAACUUUUGUUGAUUCUAGACGAAUAUUGGGAGAGAAAUGAAGAUUUACAAAAUGUCAGUGUCUAUUACUGCUCUGAUCUAGCUAGAAAAUGUAUGGCCGUUUAUGAAACCUACACCGGUAUUAUGAAUGAUAAAAUACGGCUCUCAUCUUCUUCAGAUGAUUCUAAAUCUAGUCCAUUUGAUUUUAAAUAUAUCAAAUCGAUCAGAAACCUUUCAAAGUUUUCAGAUUUAGGUCCAUCUGUAGUUGUAGCUACUCCUGGAAUGUUACAGGCUGGUGUUUCUAGGCAGUUACUCGAGAAGUGGGCGCCAGAGCAGAAAAACCUAGUCAUAUUGACAGGGUAUUCAGUGGAAGGAACAAUGGCAAAGGAUUUGCUAAAGGAACCGCAAGUAAUACAAUCUUUGAACAAUCCUGACUUGAGUAUUCCGCGGAGGAUAGGAGUGGAAGAAAUUUCAUUUGCUGCGCAUGUCGAUUUCCAACAGAAUUCUGAAUUUAUUGACAAGGUGUCUCCUUCGAAGAUUAUCUUGGUGCAUGGUGACUCUGUCCCCAUGGGUCGAUUGAAGUCCGCCUUGUUGAGUAAAUACUCUUCGCGAAAGGGAACUGAUAAAGAGGUUAAAGUGUUUAAUCCUAGAAAUUGUGAAGAGCUCAAUAUUGCAUUUAAGGGGUUGAAAAUAGCCAAAGUCCUUGGUUCACUUGCGGAGGAACAACUACAGGUAUUGAAACAGGAGAUUGAGGAGAAAAUUGCAGAGGUUGGUGAUGAAGAUGGUGACAACGAUGUUAAAAUGGUAGCUACAGAAAGUUUGGAUUCGAAAGGUCAAGUAAAUGGAGCUACAAACACCUUCAAACCUGGACAAAUAGUAUCAGGAGUACUCGUAUCAAAAGAUUUCGAGUUGGAUCUUGUACAAUUGCAGGACUUGAACGAGUUCACUCAGUUAUCAACAUCGAUCGUGAAAUCGAAAAUGAAUCUCAAGAUCAACGCAAACUUACCCUUGAUGAUAUGGCACUUGGAACAAAUGUUUGGUUAUAUCAAUGUCGUUAAUGAUGAUGCAGAUGAGUGGGAGUGUGUGAUUAUGGAUGUUGUAGACAUUUUAGUAGAUAGAUCACAAAGUCCGGGACUUUACAUAUCUGUGGAGUGGAUAAAUGACAAUUUAAUGGCUGAUUCAUUAGCAGACAGUAUUAUUGCUAUAUUAUAUUCGAUUGAUUCAUCGCCAGCAUCGGUGAAAAUGUCGUCUAAGCAGCAUUCACAUGACCAUCCACAUAUCAAACAAGAAGUCGAUGAAGGCACCCCCGUUGUGUCCAAAGCAGACAUUGCUAGUCGGAUUACUCAACUUCAGAUUCUUUUAGAGGCACAAUUUGGCGAAUCAUUGGUGAAUUUGGAGAAUGAUAAAGCCACAGUUUCAAUUGGUAAAAGUGUUGCAAAUAUAGACUACAGGAGUUUGAAAGUCGAGUGUGCUUCUAAAGUGCUAAAGGAUCGUAUAGAAACUAUUAUAAAGCGAGGUACUGUGUUAACAGCGCCGUUAGCCCUACCACCUAAAUAG